UUCCAAUGAGAUUGUGUGUAUACAAGGUUUCAUAUUCUUAUUUGUGCUUUAGGAUUCGUACAGUUAAGCAUCUCUUUUCUUAUUUUAGCAUGAGCUACUGUGUGUGAAAGAAUUAUUAAGUUACAACCAUCAGUCAAUAUGUGUGUGUUUCUUAUGUUUAGAAGUCACUGUGCCUACUACAACUACAAUGGGGGGAAAUGACCACUGGGAUUUUGUUUUUUCUCUUGCUGUUUGUUUGUUUUUUUUCCUUGGAACAUUUGAUCUGAUAUAAUUCAUUAGAAAAUGCAUACUUCUUUUACAUUCGUUUAUCUAACACAUUGAAUAUUAUUAUUACGCUAACCCUAUUAAACUUUUACCACAAAGAUAUUUUCUUCACGAAAUAUUGACCUCAGAUGCCAUUCUAAAACGGGUUCUGAUUGAAGACUAAUGUGUAUCGAGUUUCUUCACUGCAACAUUCAAUAAAUGACAUCUAUGACGUAAUAGGAUGUUAACUUCAACAUCUAUGUUUACUUCAAUUUUUUCACCUCAGGAAGAAAAAAAAACCUUGACUCCAAGACAGAUGGAUACAACUAAUUAGGAUAUUCAAAAUAGUUUUAAAAAUAGUUUUUUUAAAAUACUGUUGAAUUGAAUAUAUAUAUACAAAUUUCGCUCUGAUGUAGCUUAAUGCAAAAGAUUAUCAAAAGCGUGGUUCUCAGGUUUUGAAUUCGACUUGUACACGUACUUGCAAUUCGUGUAUUCAAUGAACUACCAAGAUGUCUAUGAGUUAAAUGCAGUUAUCAAUUAAGUGGAUUCCCUUAAUUUAAUCCUUCUAAUAGAUGCGUCUUCAAUAUUUAUAGAUGUUACAUUUCGAUGACGUCACGGGUGAAUAAUGUCCGGCCCCCUUCCCCUGUUCUUUAAAUACGCAAUAUAAAAUAAAAGACUUAAUCCAGCAACUUCCAGACCUAAAACUCGGCACUCACCAUUUCGUUUCAGCUUAUAAUUAUCACUUGCGUUCUCAUUCUAGGUUAUUAGUAGUUUUAGAGAUUAGUUUUAUUGAAGAAUCUGACGUUUGGUACCUGUCACACGGAAACUGCAUACAAUUCUCAAAUCUAUGAUUGUAGUAUUGAAGCUUUUUUCUGAUCAUCCAAUAUAGUGUAUCAUUAAUUAAUAGAUAUUCCCUGAUUAUUCAUCAUGAUAGUAACUUGGAUUUUCUCCGAUUAUCCCCCCAAAAACUGGACCUAACCGAUCACGCUUGAGUUGUAUCCGGUGACAAGUAUUACUUUUAUAAAGGCAAGUAUCCAAACAAAACAUCAAAACCCUAUCAAAUGUUCAGCAUGAAAAGCCCUAUCAAAUAUUCAACAUCAGAACCCUAUCAAAUGUUCAACAUUAAAACCCUAUAGUUUUUGUUCAAUUUCAAAGUCAUUUCAUAUCCAAUGUUCAUUCAAGAAAGCAACUUUCACUAACGCCCCACCAGAAACCAACCUUUCCAAAGUCCCAACGAUCGUCCCACAAAAAGACCCACUAAACGCCACCAUAAAACAAAACCAACGUGCCGCUAAAGAUGGACCAACCAAACCCAAACUACAUGGCAAUAAACGAAAGAUCAACCAGCAAUGCCGGCACGGUCGUGACGCAGCAGCCAGCAUCGUCGGAGCCGUACACCCCACCCCGGCUAUGGAAGCAUGGUCUCUGUGGGAACUGCUCGGACGCACACACGUGUAAGUGUUUUUAUUCAUAUCUUGUUUAAUUUCAAUGUGGACCAAAAGUAUGGUCUCUAGAGAAGGGUUCAAAUCCCGGAGCCACGUGCGGUUGAGCGGAGGCUUUCGAGUAGGAGUUAUUGUUUGAGAGUGAGAGUUUUUUUUAUAAAUGCACAGCUUCGAGAAUAACAGCUCAAGUACUAACUUUUGUAUGACAACAAACUAUUUCAAAAGAGGGUAGCAUGGAUAAUAAUUGAAUUCAGCAUGUGAUGAAUAAAAUCGUCUGCUAUGAGAAAUUUCUGUCACCAAAAAAACACUUUCUUUUUGUUCCGGACAGGUUGCUGCAGUUUUUUCUGCUUCCGUUGCUUUGGGUGCAGCCUGGCCCAAGACAUGGACGAGUCCGUCCUUGUCCCAUUCUGUGUGCCAAUGUGGUUGCUUGUGCUGAGAACGAAGCUCAGAGCCAAGGAAAACAUUGCCGUAAGUCAUUUUAUGCGCUAAUAACAAUAAUAAUAUUGAAUGAAGUUGCAGACUCGGAUCGGCCGCCAUUCUUUUAGAAACACACUGCGCAUGCCCAAACGUCUCAUUGGACAGAUACCAUUCUGUGUUUACCGACGAUGUCACGUCUCUUUCGUGUGCGACGUCACCAAAUCGCCGGGCCACACACGAUAAUAAAGGCAUCCCUUAACUAAGCAACGAGACGCAGGAGAAGAGAUUCGAUUGAGACAUUGUUAUAUGGCUGACAUUGUUAUAUGGCUGAUAUUAUAAUAUGGCUGACAUUGUAAUAUGGCCGACAUUGUUAUGUGGCAGACAUUGUAAUAAGGCUGACAUUGUAGUAUGGCUGACAUUUUUAUAUGGCUGAAAUUAUAAUAUAGCUGACAUUGUAAUAUGGUUGACACUGUAAUAUGGCAGAUAUUGAAAUAUGGCUGACAUUGUAGUAUGGCUGAUUUUGUUAUAUGGCUGAAAUUGUAAUAUAAGAUUAGAUAAGAUUCUUUUAUUGAUCCAAAUAAAUGGAAAUUGUUUUUUAUUGCAUUAUACAUUUUCAGCUCAAAAAUAAAACAAUUUGAACACAAGACAUUUAUAAUAAAUUAUUUCAAACAGCCAUUCAGUGAGUUCUCUUAGCAAAAUCGGGGACUUAAUAGUUCUCAUUCAGAUGUGUGACUUCAGAGGAAGCACGCCGGUAAAUUCGUAAAGAUUGGGGAACAAAAAUGUUGUUAUAUCUGUCACCUCGCCCUGAUGGAAAGAAUUCGUUCCGAACGGCCCGAUCCUAAGUAUCUGUGAUGAAGAGGGUGGGAUGUAUCGUCCAAAAUGUGUUUGGUUUUACAAAAACAUAUUUUUCAAAUAGUUCUUCAAGUGAAGGAUGUUUAGUUUAUGUUAUGUUUCUAGCUUUCUUGAUUAGUCGGUUUAUGCGGUGUUUAAUAUCAGACGUUGAAUGCCCACACCAGCAAGUAAUACUGAAAUUAAGCAGGCUUCAAUUGUUGCACUCAGUGGCGUAGCGAGGGUGUUUGGCGCCCAGGGACAAGAUUCGCGCCCGGGGACAAGAUCCAUUUUAAAUCGCCCCUUUUCCUUUUUUUUAACUCUCAAACCCAUUAUUUUCAUCAAUAAAAUAAUAUCAAAGCACAUUUUGGCGCCCCUAACUAGCUGGCGCCCGGGGACAUCUGUCACCCUCUGCCCCCACCACGCUACGCCUCUGGUUGCACUGUAGAAUAAGUUAACGUCUUGCUUGUUUACGCCGAAAUUGUACAGUUUUUUGAGGUAGAGCAGUCUUUGGUUGAAUUUCUUAUACAGCAUUUGGCCGUGCUCAUGCCAUGUUAGCUUAUUAUUAAUGGUGACACCUAAAUACUUGUAUGCCUCCACUUUCUCCACAUUUUGAUUUUUUAUGUUGAGAUCUGUAAUCUAGUGUUUCCCUCUCCUGAAAUCAACAACCAUUUCUUUAGUUUUUGAGACAUUCAACUGGUGAAAAUGUUCAUCGCACCAAUUGCUAAAGCUUGUAACUAAGUUGCGGUAUAGGCCUUCUCCUUCAGAUAUUAAGCCAACAAUGGUGGUAUCAUCAGCAAAUAUGGCUGACAUUGUAAUAUUUCUGACAUUGUAAUAUGGCUGACCAAAGAACGCCCUACGGUAGCACGGAAAUCCGAAUGAAAAUAACCUUUACUUUAAAUUCGGCAAUGUGGGCACUAAAUUAUAUUUAUAGAUUGGUUGGCAUUCAAGUAAUGAUGAGUCCAUUCAUUUGAGGGGGUGAGGUCGAAGGAGGCGACGCUAGAGGAUUAUAUCAAGUAUAAAUAACACUGAACAAGUUUAUUUUGGUCCUGGUUUAAUGAAGGCACCUCACACUGUAUUUACUCUAGACUCACACGAUGCAAUUGGUACUAUAAGUCACUUCCUAAUCUUUUACUCUUGUCCUCAGGGCAGCGUCCUCGAUGACUGCAUAGUUGUAGUCUGCUGCCCUUCUUGUGCCCUAUGCCAGCUGGCCAGAGAACUCAAGGAAAUAAAAAAAAGUCAAGCCCAUAUUGUCUGAACGUCGCAGCACAAGAGUGGAGCACAAUGUGAAGACUGGCAUGCUAGAAGUUGAAGAGAUUUGUGUGACUGUAUUUUAUCAUCAUAUUUUACCGCCUCAUUUAUUCUCAAUGUUGGCUUUACAUGCAAUUUAGUCAUAGAGUAUGUCAUAAAACAGUCGCGAUGGAAAAAAAAGUGUAUGAAAAAUAGGAAAUUCGGGACAAUUAAUAGGAAUAAAUAAUACGUUAAAUUUAACCCAAUAACUACAAAUCCUUUAUUAAUGAGACAGCACUGCUCCGUGUCAUGAAUGAUGUUCUUUGUAUUGCUGAGCUCGGCGAUCUGACACUAUUGGUCCUGUUGGAUCUCAGUGCUACUUUUGAUGUGAUUGACCAUGAGCUUCUUCUGUCAAGACUUCUGAAUGAGGCAGACAUCUCUGGAACUGCACUUCGCUGGUUUUCUUCUUAUCUGACUGACAGGACUCAACGUAUUGUAGUGAAGCAGGCAUCUUCCAUGGACACUUCCGUUAUCUGUGGUGUGCCACAGGGCUCAGUUUUAGGACCUAUUCUGUUCUCCAUGUAAACUAGCCAGCUCGGCAAAAUUAUUGAAAGUCAUGGUAUUUCUCUCAAAAUAUUUGCAGAUGACACAGAACUAUACACGUGUUUCCACCCUGAUGCCUUGGAGUGUGCUACUGCUGUUCAGGCUGUCGAGGACUGCUGUCCUGCUGUGAAAGAAUGGAUGUCAUCAAACAGACUAAAGUUAAAUGACGAUAAGACUGAGGCAAUUAUUUGUGGUUCAGACGCCAAUCUUCGGAAAGUUGCCAUAACAUCAAUAAAAGUUGGUGAAUCAGAGAUCCCGUUGUCCUCCACUGUCAGAGACCUUGACUUAUAUAUUGCCAGUAAACUUAGACUGAUUCCCCAUAUCAGUUCUGUUGGCAAGGCAUGCUUCUGUCAUCCGCACGCCCUGGGUCAGCUGCGUCCUCAACUCAAUUUAAUAAGAUAACAGCCAAUGCUGUAGCGGUAACUCUAAUCCAUUCAAGACUAGAUUACUGUAAAAGUUGUUUGUGGGGUUUACCUCAGAACCAAAGUCAGAGACUCCAGAAGGUACAAGAUACUGCAGCACGCAUUGUAUCGCGGAUAAAGAAAUCUGACAAUUGAAUUCCUGUCAUUGAGCGCGUUAACUACAAAAUUCUGUCCCUGGCGCACAGCUGCAUAGAAGGCUCUGCACCUGAAUACCUUAAAGAACUGAUUUAUAAACAUGUAUCCAUGGAUGAACACAGAAAAAAAGUCUUACGGGGUGCGCUCUUUUGAAGCUAUAGCGCCAAAAUUAUGAAACAAUUUGCCUCAAUGUUUGAGGGGAAUUGACAGUGUUAAAAAAUCAUUUAAGAAACAUUUUAAAACUUUUUUGUUUAAAUAGAUUUAAGAAAACCAGAGCGCAGUGGCAAGGAUACCAGUGAUAUGUAAAUAUCCAAUCAAUCAAUUAUAAAUAUAAUAAAUUACAAUGUGUUUAAUUUGAAAACAAUUAGGAUCUAUAACAUUAAGAUGUACAUUUUGGGGGGGGGGGUCCUAUAAGGCAGUGCUGUCCAACCCUUUUGACUCGGUGGGCCAAAAACAUGCUUUUUUACGCGAAGCUGCGGGCCGCACAUGGCAUCUUAAAAGAAAAAUAUUAUGUAGGCUUACAGAUACGUUUUUUACUCUUUAGAAUUCUUUUCAAACAUUAUUACUAGUUCUUACAUUUGGCAUUUAGAAACAUAUAUGCAAUAACAUUAUCGCCUCAUCAAGAAUAUAAAUAAAGCGAAUAAAAAUUGGUGGCUAAUGUUUGUAGUAAGUAAUAUAAUAUAUAUAUAUAUAUAUGAUUAAAAAGAUUGAUUCCGGUGAAAGAUCUAAUUUUACAUUGUUUUGGCAUCCAGACAGCCAGACACACAAAAAAGAAAGCCUUUGUUUUACUUUUCCCUUAUGGAUUAUCUCAAAAACAAAAUUUUAAGUUGAACUUUUUAAAAAAUUCAAUCCAAUGCAGUUGUAUCUAUUGCAUUCUAUUGAUGCGAGUUAUUGACAUUGCAAUAAAUCUUAAUUUCUCUGGACGGGACGUCAGUUACGACAGCAUCUAAUCUCUUAGGGAUCCUGCUGCCAGAACAUAUGCUCUUAUCUAAGCUAAUCAACACGUAGCUAUGAAAAGUUUGAAGAGGGAAACAAAUCGGUCAUGUAAAAUGUGUACAAUUACUUAAUUGUGAUGUUAUAGUUUUGUUGAGCCAUUGUCAUAACCCAUAUCCACCAGCCCCCCCCCCCCGACUCUUUUUGUUGCCUUUAAAUUAAAAUCCCCCCCCCCUUUUUUUUUUUGGUUGACAUGUCGUUCCCAAUCUUUAAUCGUCGAAUACACAAAGUUUCUAGAUAAAUAUCACCGAGGACUGUGGAUGAUUCGGUUAACUUUGAAAUUAUGAUACUUUUAGUACCGGUAUCUAAAAUGAACGGAAUUUGAGCCCAUUUUUAUGCAAACGCUUCGUGUCCUCAAAGGUUGUUGAGGCUUUUGGGAUUUUAAAAGAAUUUGAGCUUUGUCUUUGUCCAAUAACAUCCGAUCUGCAUCAUCACUACAAGAUUUCAACUAACUUAAGUGAUCUCUUUGCCUCAGAGUUAAACUUUCUGAGGUGUGACGUAGUUAUUCGCAUGCUCUGUGUGUGUGUUCAAAAGGUGUUAUAUUUCUUGCUUCCAGCUUAAUAAACCGAUUUUCAGUGGCGAACCUAGGGUGGGGGCACAGGGGUGUGGUCGCCGCGGGUGGC